UGCUGCAGAGCUGUGCAGUUGAAACUAAACAUGAAAAACUCUUAUCACAACCUGCAGGUGUUCGUUAGACCACGCCUUGGGUGGGAUGCAAAAAAGUCAAGACCUGCUGCCCAUCGUCAUUACAGAAGAUAACUAAUAUGACUUUGUGUGUUUAUGUGUCAUGACUGAUUAACUCCCUUCUGCUUCAUACCGGUGUGGGAAAUAAUCAGAGAAUGAAUAUGUCAAGAGGAGGAAUUGUCGUGCUUUUUCUGUCUUUACUGUUUGAGUCUUCGUUGAGUCAAUGUGACGAGGGGAUAGAGUGCCUCACAUGGAAUCAGGAAGUUUUUUCUACUGAUGUGACUGAAAUUCCUCAGACGCUAAAAGCAUGUGUGACAGAGGUUUUUUUUGUGGGUAGCCAGAUUGAAAAAAUCCCCACAGCAGCCUUUGUGAACAACCCACAGCUUGAAAAGGUGGAGUUCAUGAACACCAACACGACAUCUAUUGAGCCAGGAGCUUUUGAAGGUCUGGUAUCCCUCAAGCAAAUAGAGAUCUCCACCACUCCAUUGACAUUCAUCCCAGAGGGAGUUUUUACAGACCUCAGCAACCUGGAGAACAUUAUACUGAAGUUUAACAAGCUCCAAAGUCUGAAAAAAGGCUUGUUUGAUGGCAUUAAAAAAGUAAGAGAGAUCCUCUUACAUGGGAAUGCGAUUAGCUCUAUUGAGGAUGGGACAUUUGAUGGACUUGAGAACCUUGUGUCACUUCAUUUAGCUAAAAACAAUAUCUCAGCCGUAUCUUCCAACUUGUUUUCAAACCUUAACAAACUGCAAACAUUGCGGCUUUAUGAGAAUCAGCUGACCACCAUUCCUGAAGACAUGUUUAAGACAUUACCAAACUUGAAGGAAAUUGCCUUGCACAGCAACAAAAUAGCAGAAUUGUCUCCAAAUUUAUUUCCACAUAAAGAAAAACUAAAUAAGCUCACUUUGGAAAACAACCUCCUUACUGGUUUACCUCAAGGACUUUUUGUUGGUUUCCCUGUGCUCAAAACUCUGACCCUACAGAAGAAUAAACUGAGAAACCUACCACCUGUGCUUUUUGGAGAAAUGCCUAAACUGACAGACUUAAGUCUUAGUCAAAACAAUCUCAGUUCACUUCCUAAAGGACUUUUCACUCCACUGAAGAAGGUCAGAAAGCUAGACCUGUCUAAAAACGACUUUGUCACCGUGUCUGCUGAGAACUUUGAAGGCCCAGAGAAGCUCAUAGAGCUGAAUCUACAGAACAACAAGAUAACGUCACUGGAUGCUGAUGUGUUUGAAAAGCUAGAGUUCCUGGUCACACUUAAACUGGCUCACAAUGAGCUCCAGGUGCUGCCCGAGGAUAUUUUUGAGCCCUUAACAAAACUGAAAAAACUUGACCUCAGUUACAACCCUUGGCACUGUGACUGUAAUUUUGUUUCUUUUCACCUCUGGAUAAAAGAUAACCCUGACAAGAUAGUUUCCCCGGUGGUCUGUGAGUAUCCAGAAAGCUUAAAAGGCCACGAAAUCCAAUCCUUAACAGAAGAUCAAUUUAUUUGCCCCACUUCUCCCCCCACGACUAUACCAAUUUCAACAACUCUCCCAACAACCAUUUUAACAACCCUACCGAAUACAACAACUACUAUAUCUACAACUACUAUGACAACAGCUGCACCCACAACCACAGCGAAGCCUCCUCCACCAACCACCGCAGUGAUCUUCACAUGUCCAGUGGGACCAGUCACUCAGACGUCUCCUUACACAAAUCAGCACAGAAGCAAAGCUCAACAGUGCAAGACUCACAUGAUGAUCUACACUGCACUGCUGGUGGUGGAGAUCAUCUGCACAGUGGUGCUUGCUAAGUUCACCAUGUCCCUUUACUGCCUGCUGCAGAGCAGAGAGAGGUUGUAUCACAGAGUCAAACUCACCCACUUCUCCUACAGGAGAGAGGUCAUCCUGAGGCCUCUGCAUGAGGCCGAGACUCACAGACUUUAAACACAGCUGCACGUUAUAGAAAAUUCACUGGUUGCAACACUGAUGUUAAAUAACAUCUGACAAAGCACCUUCUUAAACCUGCAUUCAUUUUUGUCCACCUGGGAGCAGAAUGUCCACAAGAAAUCUUUUGUACCAAAUGAAAUUCAAAUUAUGUAAUUCUUAAGCUGAAUCCAACUGCUUGUAUUUGAACUCCAGUGUGUAUUGUUUUUCUUUUUAUUAAAUUGCUGUUCUUUGUAUUUGUAACCAUAUGCUAUGGUCUUUAUUUGGAGCUGAAUAAAGAACAAUAUAUUAUAAA